AUGGUCCUCCUCCGUGCAUCCCCAUUUAUCCCGGGAUGCGUCCUUUCCCGUUCGGGAGAUGUUUUGUGCCGCCGCUGGGCUAAAUCUGGCACUAGAUGGAUUUUCUCGCCUAGUGGCACAUCGGAUAUUUUUACAUGUCAUGAGCUGUGGAUCCCGUCCGGGCUCUGCGUGAGAGAAUUGCUUGUUGUGAAGGCGAGGUCCCCGCCGGCUGCAUUUCGCACCUUCUCUUCACGUGGGCACCGGCAAGGAAAAGCCGCCACCGCCGCCCUGGCCCCUGUGUCUGCAGCGCGGCUGCCUAGGAGCGGCCAAGGGAACCGAGUUCAUUGUGAGCCCUGCCAAGAUAGCAGCGGCCCCGGUCGCCAAUUCCAGAUGCGCGUUCCCGGCCACGUGGCCGCUCCCGGCGCUGGUCUCGGCCGCGUGGUUCCUCGCCGACCUAAACGAUGGGACCAUAUGUCAAGGAAAGACGUUAAAACCUGGAAGAAAGGAUUUACGCAUGUUGGUCAAAGGACAAGGAGCAGAGAGAAGCAGAGCCGUGAUUUUGAAGAUGAGAACUCAGCAGAACACCAGGAAUCUUCUGAGAACUCUGGUGCAGAUACAUCUGAUACAGGUGAAGAAGGUGGUGACGUAGCCUCAGUAGGAAGAAAAUUUGAAGGAAUUCAUCUCAAGAAUCUGAAUGUAGAUGAUGGCCAAAUCUUGAAGAAAAAAAGAGUUCCAGUGGAUGUGAUAUUACAAGGUGAUGAGAGAAAUAUUCCCAAAUGGAUAACGAUAACAACUCCUCCCAGUUUGUCAAAAAGUCAUCGUUCAGCUUUGCCCGGACGAGAACUGCUUGAGAAGCAGAGCCGUGAUUUUGAAGAUGAGAACUCAGCAGAACACCAGGAAUCUUCUGAGAACUCUGGUGCAGAUACAUCUGAUACAGGUGAAGAAGGUGGUGACGUAGCCUCAGUAGGAAGAAAAUUUGAAGGAAUUCAUCUCAAGAAUCUGAAUGUAGAUGAUGGCCAAAUCUUGAAGAAAAAAAGAGUUCCAGUGGAUGUGAUAUUACAAGGUGAUGAGAGAAAUAUUCCCAAAUGGAUAACGAUAACAACUCCUCCCAGUUUGUCAAAAAGUCGUCGUUCAACUUUGCCCGGACGAGAACUGCUUGAGAAGCAGAGCCGUGAUUUUGAAGAUGAGAACUCAGCAGAACACCAGGAAUCUUCUGAGAACUCUGGUGCAGAUACAUCUGAUACAGGUGAAGAAGGUGGUGACGUAGCCUCAGUAGGAAGAAAAUUUGAAGGAAUUCAUCUCAAGAAUCUGAAUGUAGAUGAUGGCCAAAUCUUGAAGAAAAAAAGAGUUCCAGUGGAUGUGAUAUUACAAGGUGAUGAGAGAAAUAUUCCCAAAUGGAUAACGAUAACAACUCCUCCCAGUUUGUCAAAAAGUCAUCGUUCAGCUUUGCCCGGACGAGAACUGCUUGGUAAUCAAGCUGCUGUUUGCAGAAAGAAGCUAGAGUUUUCAAAUGAAUGUUCUUCAUCCAAAUAUCCACAGUUACAACAUUCUGCUGUUCCCAUUCCAUCAAAUACAGUAGCCUCACCCAGGCAUCGACCUUGUCCAGAACUGAGCAUAACUUCAUGUGAUAGUAUCCUUGGAGAAUACCAGUCUGCAGAUGAGGAAUGCUCCUUGAGCAGUACAACUCUUUCAGGCUUGUAUCCAGCAAUGGUAGCGAUACUUACAAAGCUCAUGACCAAGCAUUCUCAGAGAAAAGUGUUGAAGUACAUGUUUGGACACUUAAGGUCCAAGAGACGGCAUUCUAGAAGACCAAAGCUCAGUGUCACUGUAGACAAAAUUACAGGGUUCGGACCCUGUAAAUGUAAACCAAAGAAAGCAUUCCACAGCACGUGUAGCUGUAGUAGUGAAGACAACCAAAAUCCAACUUUUGGAAAUGAGAGCAGAGAAUUCUGUUAUGACAGUUGUCCCAUUAGUAAUUCAUCUGGUCUGGUGCCUCAUGCUUGUGCUGAUACAAAUGAAAUCAAAAUGCACUACUCUGACUCAAGUUUAGAACAACAUUUGGCAUCUGGAAAAAGUCAGGAAGUCUGCAAACACACUGCUUUUCCUGAUGUUAUGGAUAGAAUGGGAGAGACAUUUCUAGUUGAAGAUAAAUUACAGGCUAUUUGCUCACCAAAGAAUUCAGAAUACAUAGAAGGUGAAAAAUUUACUUACAAACGUUUCUCAGAACCCAGUUUUAUAACAUCUACUGCCAGUUCAGAUUCAAGAGCGUUUCAUCUUGUAAAAGAGAGUAAGACUCAGAAAACCGACUUUUGUGUUGGUACCUCAGAGUUGUGUUCAUCUGCUUGCAGUUCCCAUGACAACAGAAACAAUUCUAUACCUACCACAAAUUGUUCUCCUGUAAGAUCAUCAAAUACUACGUUCAUAUGUCCUCAAAAAAUAACUUCUUUCCACCACAAAAAGUCAUUUUCCUCCUGGAAGCAGAAUUCUUCAAAGCGGGACGAAGAAAUAGAUGCUGCAUUUGACGAACUCUACUACAGAGUGAUUUCUGGAGAAUACUUUAAGCCUUUGACAUUGACAAGACCUCUUUUAAACUCACAGAACCAUGAAGAGAAAGGAACAUUAGUGAAGAGUAAUCUAAGUGAUUCUGAGAGGUCCCUUAAACAGUGUGGUAUAGAAUUUGAGAAACUGUGUGAGAAGUCUGUUCCAAAAUCUCCUGGGCUUCAGAGAGCUUCAAAUUUCAGGAAAUAUGAAGAAAUACAGAUGCCUGAAACUGUAAAUGCUCUUGUUAAUUCUCCUGUCAGAACUUACUCUGCAAUUUCCAGUGCUAAAAGAGCAGGAAAUUUUCAAAACCAUCCUCUUUGUUCACCAGUAAAGCGACUGAAAUUUAUACCGGAAUAUUGUUUUUCUUCAAGCAAAUGUCAGGAGAUUUCCCACAGUAAAGAGGGUAAUCUUCAGACAGGUGGCAUGGAUUUUUUGAGCACGUACAACUGUAGCAAGCCCAGCUUUUUUGCUGAUCGCAACUGUCAUUGUCAGGGCUCUGGAUCUCAUGAUUCUUCACAACAAAGUUUUCUUGGUAUCUCUGGCACUUCCCUGCAAGAAUCUGGGACUGCAGGUGCACACUCUGGUUGGCUUGGGGCAAUGGAGAAUUGCAGCUCUCUCAGAAAUGUGAGCAAGCAUCACCCAAGAGUGUACAGAAAACUAAGCUACACUGAUGGGAAAGACAAUUGUAGGAAUCCCUUGGAUGACUCUCUGGUUAAAGCUCACCAAGAAGCAUUAAUGCAUUGUUACAGUUAAAAAAGUUUUAUAUUGGUUGGGUUUUAUUCAGUGUUGUUUCUUCUUCCAAGAAUCAAGGAUGUAUAAUUAUAUGUAAGCAAUACACAAAUAGUUCUGACUUAUACUUCAUUGUAGUUCAUAUCUUUGGGAAAGGGUUCAUCCCUUUUAA